GCCUCUCUCCCUCACACGCUUCUCCUCACGCCUUCUCCUCCUGCUCCUGCCCACAACCAGGGACCCUCCACACCACACCCAUGGCCUGCUGCCGCCCCUGUGGACCCACCCCGCUGGCCAACAGCUGCAACGAGCCCUGUGCCCUGCAAUGCCAGGACUCCCACGUUGUCAUCAACCCUUCCCCUGUGCUGGUCACCCUGCCAGGACCCAUCAUGACCUCCUUCCCCCAGAACACCGCCGUUGGAUCCACCUCCUCCGCUGCUGUUGGUAGUGAGCUCAGUGCCCAGGGACAGCCCAUCUCUGGGGGAUUUGGUGGCUUUGGCUAUGGCUUUGGCCUUGGCUACGGGCUGGGCUAUGGCUACGGGCUGGGAGGCCUGGGCUGCUAUGGUGGAAGGGGCUGCAACAUCUGCUAAGGGUGCUCGCUUAAGCUCCUGACACCACCAGCUCAGGGCUCUGGACACAGCUCCUGCCAGCAAAGGCCCUUUGGCUGGUGGUUGCCCUACUCACACCUCACAAUAGAUCACUUCAACUUCUUGUUUCUCUACAUCCUUUUGCUUCAAUAAAUUUUUGUUGCAUCGAA